CUCUCGAUCUGUCUCUCAUCAUCUCUCAGAGAGAAUUGAGGAGAGAGUACGAAAUCAGAGAGCCAAGCACUGUUAUCUCUGUUAAUCUCAGUAACACGCCAUAAAACAUGUCUUCUUCAGGCUUCAGCGGUGAUGAAACGGCACCGUUCUUCGGCUUUCUCGGAGCUGCUGCUGCCCUAGUUUUCUCUUGUAUGGGUGCUGCAUAUGGAACUGCAAAGAGUGGGGUUGGUGUCGCCUCCAUGGGAGUUAUGCGGCCUGAACUCGUCAUGAAAUCGAUUGUCCCGGUUGUUAUGGCUGGAGUUUUGGGGAUAUAUGGGUUGAUUAUUGCUGUAAUUAUUAGUACGGGUAUAAACCCAAAGGCCAAAUCUUAUUACUUGUUUGACGGGUAUGCCCAUUUGUCGUCGGGUCUUUCUUGUGGUCUGGCUGGUCUUUCCGCAGGAAUGGCAAUUGGGAUUGUUGGUGAUGCAGGAGUUCGGGCUAACGCACAGCAGCCCAAGUUGUUUGUGGGUAUGAUCCUUAUCCUCAUCUUUGCUGAAGCACUUGCUCUCUAUGGUCUCAUUGUGGGGAUCAUUCUCUCAUCCCGAGCAGGCCAGUCUCGUGCAGAUUAAAGAAGGGCGAUGUUGGUUUUCCUGCUAGUCUUGACAUUGUAAUCAAAAUAUUGAGAUCAUUGGCUGCAACUGGUCUAUAUUUAUGUUAAAAAACUUCAUACUUCCGUGAGAGUUCUUAAUCUUCUGGAUUCUGUAAUGAGUAUACUACCAAUGUCUGAUGAUUGCUUUCAUACAUGUCGUUUUAAAGAUGUUUUACUUUAAAACCGCUUUUUAUGGAGAUGUUAACCAGUGCCAUACUGUAUUACUGCUCCUGUAUGAAUUUUUCUUCAGGCUUCCUCUGUUUAUGAGUAAGUUAUGGAAUGUGACGAAAUGAUUUAUUUUCACUUUUUAA